GGGCUCAGAGUGGAUCUGUGCUUCUGUAGGAGAAUUCUGGGAUUCUGAAGUUGGCAGGCUGAGAAGAGUGAAUCCUUGGGUUUCCCAAGCCUCCUGGGAGGCAGUCUGAGGAGGCUGGGGAUCAGCCAAUAGCAGUGCAGGCUGCAGCUCCUCCUCCUCCCCUGGCCUGCCCCACACACCCAGGCUGCUCUGCAGGCUCGGGCCCAGGAACGUGCUUCCCCAGACACCUUCCCCGGUUCUGACAUGACUCCCGGAGGCUUGCUGAAUUCCACAGCCAGGUACCACGAGCAGGUUCCAGGACAGUCCUGAGGAGCAGCGGUUCAGUGGCACCCAACACUUGGGUCCAUCAUGAACUGGGGAGUCUUCGAGGCACUCCUGAAUGGGGUCAACAAGUACUCCACAGCGUUUGGGCGCAUUUGGCUGUCUUUGGUUUUCAUCUUCCGAGUGCUGGUGUACUUGGUGACAGCUGAGCGUGUGUGGAGUGACGACCACAAGGAUUUUGACUGCAACACCCGCCAGCCGGGCUGCUCCAACGUCUGCUUUGACCAGUUCUUCCCCGUGUCCCACGUGCGCCUCUGGGCCCUGCAGCUCAUCCUGGUCACAUGCCCCUCGCUGCUCGUGGUCAUGCACGUGGCCUACCGCAAAGCUCAGGAGAAGAAGCAUCUAGAGGUGGCUGGGGAGGAUGGUGGGCGACUCUACCCAGACCCUGGCAAGAAGCGGGGCGGGCUCUGGUGGACAUAUGUCUGCAGCCUGGUCUUUAAGGCCGGCAUAGAUGUCACCUUCCUCUAUGUGUUCCACUCCUUCUAUCCCAAAUACAUCCUCCCUCCUGUGGUCAAGUGCCACUUGGCUCCCUGUCCCAACACAGUGGACUGCUUCAUCUCCAAGCCCUCAGAAAAGAACAUCUUCACUCUCUUUAUGGUGGUCACAGCUGCUGUCUGCAUCCUGCUCAACCUUGUGGAGCUGUCCUACCUAGUGAGCAAGCGGUGUAGGGAGUGCCUGGCAGCAAGGAGAGCUCGGGCCACACCUGGGGGGCAUUACCCAAACUAUGUCGCUGCUUCCUGCAAACAGAACGACCUCCUCUCAGGCGACCUCAUCUUUCUGGGUUCUGACACUCUCCCCCCUCUCAUGCAAGACUGCCCCCGAGACUAUGUGAAGAAAACUGUCGUGUGAGGAGCUGCCUAGCUGGACCUGUGGGGUGGGCCUGGCCUGGGAGGGUCUGGCUUCUCUCACAGGUGCAGUCUAGGGGUGGAGGAGCUGCAUAAUGAGUUGGAGGCAGACCCAAGGAAGGAUUCAGACAGUGUGGGGUCCAGUCCCUAUUUCUCAACUCCAACUCCUGGGCCCAGCUCUGUGGACCUGGGCAAGUGACCCCUCUGCUGUAAAAUGCAGAUGUAGAGGCCCACCAUGUGGAGUGGUGGUAAGGAGAAGUUUAUUCAGAGAACAAAUGGGCAACCACCUUCGAGGUGAGGCCCACGGUCAGGGCUUAAUAAAGGUCAAUGCAUUCACUGA